UCUGGGCAUUUUCCGCAAAUCGACAACCAUUGUGCCUAUUUUGCUUGAAACGAGGUAGCGCUACUCUAACCACCCCAGCUCCUCCACGAAGCCUAGCAAAACUUUCAGGUUGCUAACUGCCUCUCCUAGUGUGCAUGGAGUCCCUAGGUAUUUGUUCCUGUAUACUUCUACCUGUUUGCAGUCUAGGAGAAUAUGUUUUGUUGUUUCUUCUUCUUCCAUGCACGCUCUGCACAUGGGGCUGUCUGUUUUACCCAUAUUGUGUAGGUGUUUGUUAAGUGUGUUAUGUCCUGUAAUUAAUCCUAUUAUUUUACGUAGUUGGCCUUAUUACCUAUGUAUGUGUUUAAUCUCACAGAUACCAAAUACCAACAUAACGAUAAAGAAAGGUAUGGCCGUGUACAUUUCCAUCUACGGGCUACACGAGGACCCGCAGUACUUUGAAGACCCCGGCACCUUCGACCCCAGCCGCUUCGACCAGGGCAGGGGCAUUUCCGAGGCCUACAUGCCCUUUGGAGCCGGGCCCAGGAUGUGUCUCGGUAUGAAGAUUGGAUACUUACACGCUAAAGUAGCAACGGCGAUGGUGCUGGCGAACUACGAAGUUUACCAAAAGCUCGAAGAACGACUAAUUCUCGACCCGCGGUCGACGUUCACCGCGGCAGCCGACGGACUCUUGCUCCGGUUUAGGGAACUUGACAACGAACAACGGAUACAAUUGUAGUUCCAAAUAAAACUAUUUAAAUGGAUUAAUGUGCGUUUAGAAUUUAUAUAGAAUAGAAUAGAAUAUAAAUCUUUAUUGCGAAACCAUGGUACAUAA